CAUUGUAAAACGUGGGUGUCUGCGUACGUUUUUCUCGGUCACAUGACUUUGACCGGUUCCUCAGCUCGGGGUUUAUCGACAGACUCAGCAGUGUGUAGGUUGUCUCUGCUGCUGGCACCGGUCCCCGGAGCCUGUCCUCGCCUGUCCUCUCCUGUCCUCUUUGAAACGCCGCUCCGUGGAGCCUACCGCCUGGUCGGUGUUAGAGAUGAGAGCCGCGGUUGUUGUCCUGUUGUCGGCCGUGGUGUCCGCUGUGUCCGCAGGAUUGUUUUUCAACCAGAACCAUCCCUGUUAUGUCCGCACACCGAGGAGAAACGAUUUUGGACUGAAGACCACUCCUCGUCCUCAUGAGUAUUUAAACAUUUCUGAUCUGCCCAAGUCGUGGGACUGGAGGAACAUCAAUGGCGUAAACUUUGCCAGCACGACACGCAACCAGCACAUUCCCCAGUACUGUGGCUCCUGCUGGGCCCAUGGCAGCACCAGCGCCAUGGCAGAUCGCAUCAACAUUAAGCGGAAAGGAGCGUGGCCGUCGGCCUAUCUCUCCGUCCAGCAUGUGAUCGACUGCGGUAAUGCCGGCACUUGCCAUGGAGGGGAUCACAGCGGGGUUUGGGAGUAUGCUAACAAACACGGGAUCCCAGACGAGACCUGCAAUAACUACCAGGCUAAAGACCAGAAGUGCAAGCCCUUCAACGAAUGUGGCACCUGCACCACCUUUGAUGUGUGCCAUGUUGUGAAGAACUACACCCUGUGGAAAGUGGGAGAUUAUGGAGCUGUUAGCGGAAGAGAGAAGAUGAUGGCAGAGAUUUACACUAGAGGACCCAUCAGCUGUGGGAUUAUGGCCACUGACAAGCUGGAUGCGUACAGUGGAGGUCUCUACUCUGAAUACCAGGAGGAACCUUACAUCAACCACAUCGUGUCAGUGGCAGGAUGGGGAGUGGAGGACGGCGUUGAAUACUGGAUUGUGCGUAAUUCCUGGGGAGAGCCAUGGGGUGAGAUGGGAUGGCUCAGGAUCGUGACCAGUGCCUUCAAGGGAGGAAGUGGCAGCACAUACAACCUGGCGUUGGAGGAAGACUGCAUGUUCGGAGACCCGAUUGUCCCUAAAGCCUACCUCUAGAGGAGACCAGCGCCCACAGGAUCAGAGGUCGUCGCUGCCCACGCUCAUGUCUUCCCGUCUCAGGCAGAGGGGAACUAUGUAUAUGUAAAAGUUUGAAAAGGGAAGAAGUUCAGAUUUUUCUUUAUAGAGAUCUUAUCUGCAAUUAUUUUUUACACUUGUAAUCAGGGGGUCCGAUUUCAGAACCAACAUCUUCCAGUUGUAUAUUAGACCUGCUUGAAUCAAAAAAGAUUUUCUGUGUUUUUUAAUCACAGGUCUGCAGGCUGUUUUACCGUCUGAAAUUUUAAAUUGAGGGAUUGAGGGGUGGGGGUUUAUUAACGUCAGUACAACUCCUAUCUGUGCAACUGAAAAAUUCAGCCACUGCAUGCUUAAGAGCCACUAUGGGAUGAAUAAAAUAAAUGUACGUCAUCAAAAGGACAUACAUACAGCAGGUUUUCAGUGUUAAUUCUUAAAUGCAGACUGACCCAGCCAAAGAACACGGUGUUUAUUAUUUUGUCCUGCGCUGCUCCGACACUGAAUGUUUUCAGCGUCUGUGGUUAAUGUAUCAACAAGAUUACACUGCAACCUGAUGCAGAAAUUGUACACACAAACUGUGGAAAGAAAAAAAAAAAAAAGGAAUUUUAAGUGUGCCUUAUAUGCGCGUU